AUGGCUUCCUCUUCUUCAAGCCAUGGCCCCCUGAAACUCCAGUCCGACUCCCUUCCCUCUGAAUCCUCCGCUCUCUCGUCAUCCUCAUCACCGCCGCUCUCCUCCGCAGCCCCACUAUCAGGUCCAACUUCUCCAGACUCCUGUUCCUUGACGUCCACAACCGUCGGUGCAUCGCUCCUUCGGGAUUAUGCCAGUCAUAUAGAUCCUUCCCAGUCGACAAACGAUCUUCAUGUGAACCAAUCCUCCUCCGGACUGUCCAACAGUAGGGCCAACGUCCCGCGGAAGCUUGAGCUUCACCAGGAAGAAGCGCCGCCCGUCGCCUCGUUACCUACGUCCCCUUUCCUCUCAUUCCGCAGUGCGGGCCCCUUGGGUUCGCAGCAUCGCAAGAACGCAUCGUCAAGCGACCUUAUACCCCGACAGACGAUCAUGAAGGCCCUCGCAUCGCGACCGUCGCUGUGCACCAAUCCCAGUUCCAAUGCGCCGCUGGCGGCGUCUCUCGGAUUACUAGCUACAAGCCCCAAUUCGAGUUCUUCAGCGGAGACGGAGCAACAACGGUCCAGCAACUCAUCGUCACAGAAGCUUUCCGCGGCUCUUUCGAACCUACAGCUGGGCAAAUACCUGGAAAGGUCGCCCUCAACAGCGCAACUGGUCCUGCAAUCGCCAUGCUUUUUCCAUCGGCGGUUCGACGAUGCCGUCAACAUUCAGAAGGUGCUAGAGGAAAUCGCCGACGAUGAGUGGUUGUCGCAUUCGCGGCUUGUACAAACUGCAACCGGAGUGCGGGAGGUGUCGAAGCAGCUUCAAAGGCGGCCGAUCAAACGGGCAGUGAAGAAUGUGAUGAUUGUGACAAAGGCGCGCGAUAACCGCCUGGUGCACCUGACGCGAGAGCUAGCAGAGUGGCUUCUCUCGACGCCGCGAUAUGGGAACGAUCUGGGGGUUAACGUAUGGGUUGAUUCCAAGCUACGGCAUUCCAAACGAUUUGACGCGGCGGGACUGCUGCAAUCUGAGCCGCGAUUUGAGCAGAUGCUGCAUUACUGGACUCCGGAUCUCUGUUGGGCCGCUCCGGAGAAGUUUGAUCUUGUUCUUACUUUAGGGGGGGAUGGUACGGUCCUGUUCACGUCCUGGCUUUUCCAGCGGAUUGUUCCGCCGGUGCUCUGCUUCUCAUUGGGAAGCCUCGGCUUUCUAACGAAUUUCGAAUUCGAGAAUUACAAAUCACAUUUGAAUGCUGUCAUGGGAGACGUCGGCAUGCGCGUCAACCUGAGGAUGCGGUUCACCUGCACAGUCUUCCGCAAAGACCGAAGUAAAGGUGCAGAAGCAGAUGCAGUCGAAGAAGGAGAGCAAUUCGAGGUACUAAACGAGUUAGUUAUAGAUCGGGGGCCUUCACCUUAUGUGUCAAAUCUUGAGUUGUACGCCGACAAUGAUCUCUUGACCGUGGUUCAGGCGGACGGCUGCAUCUUCUCCACGCCAACUGGAUCUACUGCGUACUCUCUGUCUGCAGGUGGCUCUCUUAUUCAUCCUUCUAUUCCUGGCAUUCUUCUUACUCCUAUCUGCCCCCAUACUCUGUCUUUCCGUCCAAUGGUAUUGUCAGACUCUCUGUUGCUCCGUAUUGCCGUUCCAACGGGAUCCCGCUCCAGUGCCUACUGUUCAUUUGAUGGCAAGGGACGCGUUGAGCUCCGCCAAGGGGACUAUGUGACCGUUGAAGCCAGCCAGUACCCCUUUCCUACUGUGGUCUCCGGGAGCGGGGAAUGGUUUGAAAGUAUUCAGCGAGCACUGCGUUGGAACACCCGCGGAGCCGUUCAGAAAAGCUGGAAUCGCGAUGGGACUGAUGACAUAUCUGCGGAUGAGGAAGAGGAGGACUGGGACAUUGAUACCGAUGCUGGUCUGGUUGGCACCGACAGCGGUCUUGGGCCCAGCGAGGACGGUGACUCAGGGACUACCAGUCCGAUGAAGCGACAGAUGAGCCUGCUCAAUAUGUAG